GACACAUGCUGUAUAAAACACAGCCAAUGCUGGGAGUUUGACAGUUGCAUUGGACAGAGAGAAAACAGACUUCAGCGACAUUUUGUGUUACAUUAUGAUGUUUCCUUCAAGCUCUGUGAUGACGCUGAGCAUUGUGGCUCUCUGCCUGCUGGCUUGUAUUCACCCUGGCGUAAAUACAUAUCCAGUCAAGCCUGCUGGUCCCCGAGAAGGCGCGCCACCUGAGGAACUCGCCAAAUAUUACUCAGCACUAAGACACUACAUCAAUCUCAUUACAAGACAGAGAUAUGGGAAAAGAGACACCCCAGAUACGGUGUUCUCAGAUGUGUUGCUGAGGGAGAGGGCAGAGAGUAUUCCAGGAUCAAACUAUGUCAGGUAUGAUGGACUGCCACUGUGGUGAUGCUACUGGAGCUGUCAUUUCCAGGUUGACUUUUACACAGAUGUUGCCAUGUCUGUAACUAACGUGAAAUGAGCUUCUAUUGCAUGGAAUAAAAAAAUUCUGUUAUGCAAACA